AUGACGUGCCUAACAAAAGACCAGUAUAAAGAAAUUAAGGCGUCCUUUCGUUCCAUGGAUACAAAUGGCGACGGCCGCUUGUCUGUUAAAGAGUUCAGAGACGCUGCAAAGAAAUUAGGACAGGAUGUUACGACUGCACAGGUCAAGGAAAUGUUCAAAUUAGUCGACGAAGAUGGCGAUGACUAUCUGAGCUACAAAGAAUACGAGAAAAUGAUGGUUGAGCAACUGGAGGCCCAGAUGGUGGAAUUACAGUUUUUGCAGUCGUGUUUUGAAAAAAUGGACGUAAACGGAGAUGGAAGCAUCACUGCCAAAGAGAUCGCCAAAACAAUGGGUAUUACCAGGGCAGAAGCUGAUGAGCUGGUGACAGAGGGCGACACAAAUGGGGACGGGGAACUAACGUUUGAUGAAUUUGCUGCAGUCUACAGAAGCAAAGACAGCUGAAGAAACAACUCAUUUAAUCCGUUAAUGUAAUCUAAGAAUAGCUUUACUACAAUGUAUUUGAAGUAGAUCCUCGUGUAAAUCACUACACAAGGGCUUUGAGUGUCACGUUUUGUUACCUGUUGUUAUGACCUACACCCACCUAUCAAAUUAGUGUUUUCAAUGUUAUAAUGAAGACGUUCCGCUAUAUUGAAAAAUAGUGAGUUAAUUACUUACAAAAAACCUUGAAACCGAGAUUAAAUGAUUUGCGGAUAAUUACAUUAUGAACCGUCAGCUAUUUUUCCUUCCACUAUAUACACAUUGUACAUACAUGUGUGUUCGACUAACGCAAAAUGAAGAAGCACUGAAGACGAAAAGUGUUACCUCAAUUACCGUCCUUCUUCCAACACGUGUACACGCACCUAAUUUCCUUCUUCCAAUUCGUGUUGACGCACCAAGCUUCAUUGUUCCAACACGUGUACACGCACCUAAUUUCCUUCUUCCAACAAGUAUACACGCACCUAGCUUCCUUAUUUAAACACUUGUACACGCACCUAGCUUCCUUAUUCAAACACUUGUACACGCACCUAGUUUCUUUGUUCAAACAAGUAUACACGCACCUAGCUUCCUUGUUCCAGCAUGUAUACACGCACCUAGCUUCCUUGUUCCAGCUUGUAUACACGCACCUAGCUUCCUUGUUCCAGCAUGUAUACACGCACCUAGCUUCUGUGUUCCAGCAUAUAUACACGCACCUAGCAAUAGAAGUGGUCAGAGUAACAUGUAAUUACGUCAUAAUCCAUCAACAUGUCAUGUUUUAUUUUCAUUUGUUUAUUGUCCCUUUCAGGAUUUUUCGCCUGUUUUGAAAACAUCACUAACUGUAGGUGGAGUUUUAGGCACAUUUAGACCUGUCUAUGGCGUUCAGGGUCGUAGCAGUUCUUUAUCGUACGACUCCAUACCCUCUAUUCUGAAUGCCAAUAGUUUUACAAAGGAGUUGGCACUAUAUAUAUUUUACCUCUUAGGCUUCACUCGAUGACAAACUGGAAUGGAACCGAACUAAGGCAAUACAGCCGAUCUGAAAUAUGAGAAAAAUUCUAUUAUUCCAAACGCAAAUAUACAAAUAAUUUACAUUCAAAAUGUAAAAUUUCUCAAUUUUCCAAUUUAGCAGUCAUUUCAUUGGCUAAAACAGUAUCAUGAUUGGGCAUUGCUUCGGUCACCAGAGCGUGACCCUCAAUGCAAUCUUAUUUGAUUGUUAUGCA